AUGGCCAUGGAUGCUGGAGCUCUGUUCCCAAACACGCAGGCAAAUAUACACAUUUACAUAGGUUUGCAGAGAUGUGGGAAAAGCUGUAGAUUAAGAUGGAUUAAUUACCUAAGACCUGAUCUUAAACGUGGAAGCUUCUCUCCUCAGGAAGCUGCUCUUAUCAUUGAGCUUCAUAGCAUUCUUGGUAACAGAUGGGCUCAAAUUGCUAAACAUCUACCAGGAAGAACGGAUAAUGAGGUGAAGAAUUUCUGGAAUUCAAGCAUCAAAAAGAAGCUCAUGUCUCACCACCAUCACCAUCAUCAUGGUCAUCAUCAUCAUCUUCAUCAUCAUAUCUCUUCCAUGGCAAGUUUGCUCACCAACCUUCCUUAUCACAAUGGAUUCAACUCUACUACAAGCGACGAUGAAAGCUCAAGGUUCAUGUCCAAUAUCAUCACAAACACUAACCCUAAUUUCAUCACUCCAAGCCACUUCUCUCUUCCUUCUCCUCAUGUUAUGACCCCACUGAUGUUCCCAACCUCUAGAGAAGGAGAUUUCAAGUUCCUUACCACCAGCAACACAAACGAAUCUCAUCAAGAUAAUAAUAGCCUUUACACCAAUCUCGAUGUUUUGCCUGCCACACCUAUAAACAAUCACCAUGAUAAUGAUCCUCAAUGGCCAGAAUUACCAGAUCUCCCAGCCUCCAUUUCAACUUUCCAAGAAUCCCUUCAAGGUUAUGAUAAACUCAACGUGUUCGUAACACCAUACAACGAUAAUGGUGAUCCUCGGAAGAUUCCAUUAGUGGGCACAAAGGUAUUAUGUGGAGAAGUUCUUGAAGGCAAAGUCGUAACCUCCCCCUCGCCAGUUUCGCAAGAUCACGGCCUUAUACUUCCCACUACGUACAGCUUGGGAACGGGUGAUCAUCGAGUGGACUCAUCAUACAUCAAUCACAUGGUCAUACCAUCAUCAUCAUCCUCAUCAUCGCCAAUCUCUUGUGGACAGUACGUCAAUACUCAAGCAAACCCUAGUCCUACUCCAUCAACAUGGGAUUCCUAG